AGUUUUCUCUCUCCUCGUUGAUUGCUAACGCCAACUAUCGGCAAAUUAUUGUUGUGGUUGUCAACCAGGUAGAAUUCUAUUAAUUUCAUCUAAGUUACAGAUUGUUUAAGGGUAACUUUAAUAUAUUACUUAAAAGUCUAAAAAUUUUAGGAUCUCUGAAAGAUUUUAGAAAUGUUCUUUGUCACAAUGGAUUUUUAUCAUGCAGUGACAUGUUCACUGCUAAGUAAUUAGUAUUCUCUUUCAACAGCCAUGACAGCUGGAGCAAUAGGAGUUCCGACGGUUAUACCCCUCCGAGUACCAAUUCCAGGACAGGUUAAGAAUUCGGUUGAUACUAAUACGAAAAUUGAACUUAGAUCAGAAACAGCGAAUGCAACGAUUUAUUACACAAUUAAUGGAGAUAAACCCGAACCUUUUCAAACACUUGGACCAGCUGCAAAGAAGACUUAUAAAUAUAAAGUUCCCUUCAAGCUUCCUGCAGGAAAAAAAACAGUAAAGGCUAUAGCUGUUUCUGAGGAUGGGCUUAGAGAAAGUCACGUAGUUAUGAAAAACUUUGAUGUUGAAGCUGUACCAAUUGAUCCCGAUGAGGAGUCAGUGACAAAUGGUUUAGAGUUUAUGAACGAACUAGUCGGAAAUGACACAGCUAGAAGAGAAGUGAGAAAAUUUGCGGGUAAUAUGGUCGAUAGCAGAACAGCAUGGCAAGAAGUUCAAAAAAUGAGAGAAAAUGAGGAAAGAGAAAGAGAAAUACAAGGAAGUACUCGGCACAAAGUUAUUCCUGGCACUAGGUUUAUGAACGACAGAAUGACUGUAAAAAGUGACAAGGCCACAAUUGGACAGAGUAGUUUGUUUGAACGGAGACCAAUGGUACCUGACACCUCAACUCAAGCUAUGCGUUUACAAAGAGAAACGGACUUCUUGAAAUGCAUUUACUGCUAUGCUCCAAGACCCGCUGAUCCUUUUGCUCGAUUUUGUAAUGAAUGUGGUAAUCCAGUAGCUCAAAUCACACCGGGACGUCUACCCCCUCCUGAGGCUGGUCAGAUGGGUACCUGUGUUAGCUGUCAUUCUUUUGUUCCAUUUAAUACAACAACCUGCGUGAUAUGUGAGGCUGAUAUACCACCCCAAAAUCAGCCACAGGCAUCGAUUCGUCUAGCCGACAAGCUGGUAUGUACAACUUGUGGAACAGCUAAUCCCGCUCAAGUAACGACUUGCGUCACUUGCGAAACACGUCUACCACCAACAAAACUCCAAAACAACAUUGGGAUGACUGCGCCGCCUAUGCCUAAAUCAAAUACGUCAACCCUGCUGACUUGUACAAAAUGCGGAAGAGCAAAUACAACUGACGCUAGAUAUUGCGAUUGGUGUGGUGCAAAAACUAGUCCAUUUCUAACAAAGCCUUCGGCCUCCGUAUCAUCACUGACCUGUUCGAAGUGUGGUGCCAGCAAUUACGCUUACGCUGCAUUUUGCUCGUCUUGUGGUGUUUCUAUAGAGCCACCGCAGCGGCCCGAUGUUGUGAAUAACGGACUUACAAUAAAGUUGGGUUCAACUUUACCGAAUGCCGCUAAUGGCUCAGCUCAAUGGAUGCCUGUGGCUCUCCCUACAAAUUUGGCGCAUAAAAAUACCAUAGCCACUCAAACUGUAGGUCUUUUCUAUCCGUCUGAGAAAGAAUUACUGAAAAAGCAAAAAGAAGAGCUAGAAAAGUUGGUUAUAGAGAAAAAUAUGAGGGAUAAAAACCCUGUUUUAACAGCUGUUAGUCCAGGACGAGGUUACUGGAGGAAACAAAUGGAUCAUAUUUGUGGUCAUUUGAAAGCCCAUGCCCAGAAUAAUGCAGAAUUUAGGUCUUUAAUAGCAGAGCCAAGAAUGGGGAAAAUUGUUUCUACAUCAGUUAGAGAAGAUGGAUACGAACUGAGUUUAACUGUUAGUUUCGCUUUGAGAACUGACGCUGAUCCAUUUCAAGGAAAGAGAAUGGAUUUGAAAAAUUCUCAGUUUUUAAGUUCCUAUACUCAAGGAGGAAGAGCUAGUCUAAGAAGCUACAAUAGUGAAGAUAGUCUUAUCAGCCAUACAAGCAGUUUUAAAGGUGCAAGAAAAAAGCCAACAAAGAAGACUGUCAAGAACAAGAAAGUAGAACGUGGUGACAAAACUAUGCUUCAAUUACUGAGAGAAUUAGGCAAAAAUGGAGAAGGUCGUCCAAGCGAAAUCGAGCAAUUAAUAGAAGAAGGAGCAGAUCCUAAUGGUACAAAUAAAGAUGGUGUUCCAGUUCUGCAAGUUGCCGUUAAAAAUUCUCAUACCGAUGCUAUUCCAGUGUUGAUUGAUUCAGGAGCGGAUGUGAAUAAAAAAGGUCCAAAUAAAGGCAAUACUGCACUUCAUGAGGCCGUUCUUCUCGGUAUUGAUGGUUUAAGGGUUAUAGAUGUCUUGUUAAAGUAAGACCAACAUACAAUGAUUAAAUCAUAUCACUUGUCCUUUCUCAAUCUAGUUAUGACUGUUAAUUGAAUUAAUCUUUUGUAGACACGGAGCGAAAUUGGAAAGAAAGAAUGAUAAAAACGAAACUGCUUACGACUUAGCGGUAAAAUCGAACAGCGAUCGAGUUGCGAGAAAACUACAAGAGAAAAUGGGUCAAAACGCUCUUUAUAAAUUAUCUAAACCUAAAUCAGCCCUAUUCGAUGAUGAAAUUUAAAAAAAGGGAAAUAAAGAAUGUUCCUUUUUUGUCUCCGAAAGUUUCUUCAUUCUUCUUUUUCUAUUCUUCUUUUUUUUAUAUUUAAAUGCAAGAAUAAAGCUACCAUUUGUUCUUUUUUCAAAGUGCUCAGUUUGGUUUGUAUCCGUCCUAUUUUUGUCCAUUAGAGAACAUUAUCAAAAUUUUUACUCCGUAUUUGUGCGUAACUGUGAUAAAAAAAUAUUGUCGUCUACACAUGUAAUCUUUUUAGUUCUUAUUUUUGCAACGCCACUAGGUAUUUCAUAUCAUUUGGCAAAAAGUCACGGCUUCAUAAUUCUUUAGUUAAGAUUAUGUUUAAUUCUUAUUGUUUUAUAUGUAAUUUAUACAUAUAAUACAGUCUAUUCAUAAAAGAACAAAAAAAAAUUCUUCAAAUUGGAACGCUUUUCUCAUUAUCGUUCACAAAUAUUCCCCUUAAUCGUUAUUUACAAAAAAAUUUUUCCGGCUUCUGCAAAACAUUUACUGACACGAAUAUUAACACUUUUUUUAUGUUGUGCAUACAAAAUCUCUUAAAUAAUAUGAUUAUAAAUUUGUUCAGCACUUUUACCACUUAAUGUGAUGUACUUGAAGAGAUGGGAUUAUCAAGAAACGUUAACAUUACCUAAAGUGUCAAAUAUAUUUUUUUUCCUCUGACAGUUUUUUCAUCCUCUGGUCACGAAAAUUUUCUGUUUAGAAUUAAAUUUUAAAACUUUAUGUUAGAG